AUGCCAUCUAUGUCUGGAGACCAUUUAACAAAUUUAGAUCGAAGCUCGUUAUGCACAACAUUCAGAAAACCAAGAGACAGCUCUUCUAGUCAAGUCCAGUUUUCAACACCUAAAAAUUACCAGGAGCCAAAAUGUUUUGCUUUUUGUCUCACGCCUGAUCCAUCUCUUCAUCCAAUAAUACAUCAUACUGCAUGUCCUGCUCCAGAUCUAUUUUAUGGACAGAUAAAUCCAAAGAACAAUUCAUGUAAUUGCCAAGGUGCUACAGAAACAUGUGUCAAAGUGGUUUCAAUGAGUCCACAGGAAGUUUCUGUUUGUAAUAAAGAAUGCCCUGGUCAGCCUUUUAUCCAAAGUCAAACUGCUUCUUGUCACAAAAGUGUUGCGUUUCAGCAGGCUCCUGCAUCAUGCCAAUCGCCUACACCAUGCCAAUCGCCUGCACCAUGCCAAUCGCCUGCACUAUGCCGAUCGCCUGCACCAUGCCAAUCGUCUGUACCAUGCCAAUCACCUGUACCAUGCCAAUCGCCUGUACCAUGCCAAUCGCCUGCACCAUGCCAAUCACCUGCACCAUGCCAAUCGCCUGCACCAUGCCAAUCGCCUGCACCGACUGCGUCAUCCAAAUGUGCCCAACCUGAGCCAGUAGCUUGUGCUGCAGCCAUUCCUUGCGUCAGUAUCAACAAAUGUCCUCCUUUGGACAUUGCUGUACCUUCAAUUAGAGAUAAAUGUCGUCUUGAGCGAGAACUCCAUGGUAGAGAAAUACAGAUGAUGUAUCAACGAGAGCAUAUGCUAUUGGAGCAGCAAUUACAUCACAGAGAACAAAUGCUUUGGGACCAGGAACAAUUUAGGAGACAGCAGUUGAUAAAGAGAGACCAGCAACAUAGAUUUAAGACAAAGCAAAUAAUGAUGGAGCAGGAUCUGCACAACAGAAAUGAAGUAGUGCGUAUUGAUCAUACUGAGAUGAUCUGGGAAAGAAAUUUGUAUCAACAAAAUCAAAUUGUGGCAAGGGAAAGACAACAAAUGCUUCUGCAGAGGGAUAUGCUGAAUAAUCAAGAAAAUGAAGCCAGCCAACGUCGUAUGGAAAUUUACAGCAAAUGCUUUAACAAUAUUUUGACUUGUGGACCUGAUGUUGAAUUAUCACUACCGACACUUAAACCAAAAAUGGAAAACAGAGAAACCGGAGAAAAAUUCAUUACUGUAGGUUUACAAUCUGAUUUGAAAGCCAGAACUCCUGAAGUAUCAUUGGAUGAAGAUUGUACAGCAGACAAAGUUGGUGAUGGAGCUUCUUGUUGUAAUGCUCAAAGAGAAUCCAAACAUCUCAAGCGUUUUGUGUAUUCUGAAGAAGAUUGUUGUUACAAAAGUGACGACACAACAUUCACAAAUAAAAGCCGAGGUGGUAAAUGUACAGACUGUUUCAACAAAAGUCUAAGUGAUGCCAGAAAAGCCUCUAUCGAACCCAUAAUAAUUACAUCUGACCCAAAAAUUUGUGACUGUAUGUGCCAUCAUGCAAAGACAAAGCAAGAAGUUUGUUGCGACUUUUGUGAUUGUUCCAAAUUAUCAAUGAAUAUACAACCCAUAACAUCAACACCUGGUGCUAAUUGCACAAAUGAAAAUGUUCCAUUAGAAAAACGUCGUUUUUUGAAUAUGUAUCCUGCAGGGUACCCAUCAACAAAUCGCAGAAUUUUUGUCACUCGCAGUGGAGAAGACUCUGAUUCCAUAAAAGAGAUUCCCUCCGGGACGAAUUCAGACAGUCAUCACAGUGUGCUCAAAUCGGGCUGCAGGCAGAUUUUCAGGAUUUUGAAACCACUCAUCAGGACCAGGAAGAACGAUAAACAUACCAGUUGAUGCAGAAAGUUCCAAUAAAAAGAGUCUGUCGAGGAACGAGUUUCAAGUAAUGG